GAGUCAAAUGGAGUUGACGCCUUUUCCGAACUUCAAGGAAAAGAAGCUUCAGAUGAACUCAUAGAAUUGCCGAGAGAAAAUAUGUAUGAAAACGCCGACGACGAGCAUCUCUAUGGCAAUAUUGAUCAAAGCACAGAAAUUCCUGUAGAGGACAUUUUUGAGGUCAUGAAAUUGAAAACCAGAGAUGUUCUUAAGGCUGAAUACCAGAAAUUCCCCACCAUAUUUAUUUGUCCUUGUGAAGCCGGCCAAAAGCGAGAGAACAAACUAAAGAACAGGUUCCAGAACAUUAUGCCAUACGACCAUAGCCGAGUUGUACUGGAUCUUUUGCAAGGUGAUCCAAACUCUGACUACGUCAACGCAAACUAUAUUGAUGGAUAUAAGAGACCACGUGCAUUUAUCGCUUCUCAAGGUCCGAAACCGAAUACCGUGAAGGACUUUUGGAGGAUGAUAUGGCAAGUGAACUCACCACAAAUUGUAAUGGUGACAAAAACUGUGGAAAUGGGCAAGCAAAAAUGUGAGCAAUACUGGGCAGACGAGGGAGUGAAACAGUUCGGUGAAAUAGAAGUGACUACACUGGAUGAAAUUCAAGAACAGGACUAUUUUGUCCGAAAUCUGAAGUAUUGUAAGGUUGGAGAACCAGCAGUCCGUACUGUGAAACAGUUCCACUUCACCGGUUGGCCUGAUCAUGGUGUGCCUGUUGACCCAACGGCUUUGGUAAAAUUCCGAGAGGAAGUUAAGAAGUAUCAAAGUCAGGUUCAAGACCAAGGACCUAUCAUUGUGCAUUGCAGCGCUGGGGUUGGUAGGACCGGAACUUUCAUAGCACUGGACUACCUGUUUGAACAAGUGCUUGCUGAAGGAAAGAUCGACAUAUAUCGACUCAUCCAAGAAAUGCGAGCAUCGCGACCAAAGAUGGUGCAGACAGUGGAGCAAUAUUACUUCAUCCAUGACGUGAUGUUGGAAGAACUACAUUGUGGUUUAACCUCUAUACCAGUGCAAGACUUGGCCACUCGUCUGCGGAAACUGAGACGAAGAAACAAGUCGGGACUGACCAAAAUGGAAGAAGAAUUUGUGAUACUGAACCUUAUGUUGCCUGAAAUAGAAGAAAGCUCCAUCAAGACGGCCUUAGAACCCAUCAACAUUGAUAAGAAUAGAGUGAGGAAUAUUGUUGCAGGUAUCGUUUAAACAACCC